AUGGAGGGAGAUGAAGGCGUCGCAGCAGCAACAGCAGCAACAGCAACAGCGGCAGCAACAGCAGCAACAGCAGCAACAGCAGCAGCAACAGCAGCAACAGCAUUUGCUGCUGCAGAUGCUGCUGCAGCAGCAAAUGAAGGGCCCAUGAGGCCCUCCGCAGAAAACCUGCUGGCUUCUCUUGCUGCGAAAUAUCGCGUCCCCGUCGAGCUGCUGCAAGAUCUGCAGCAGCAGAUGCAGCAGCAGCAACCGCAGCAGCAGCAGCAACAGCAGCAGCAGCAGCAGCGCGAAGUAUCCCCAGUUUCGGGUGUAAGUGUUGACUCCUGUUCAGACUCCACGGGUGCAGUGCCAGCAGCAGCAGCAGGGUCAGGAUCAGCAGCAGGGUCAGCAUCAGGAUCAGCAGCAGCAGCAGCAGCAGCAGCAGCGCGCGGGGUAGGUCCUGUUGUUGCUGCUGCUUACACUCGGCUGUACGUACACCUGGUGUCAUGGGUACUUGGCCUCUGGGACCCGCAAAUGCAGCAGGAGCUGCUUGAUGCUGCAUUUGCUGUCUUCAUGAAAAUUUAUCAGAGGACGCUGCUCAUCAACCCCGCAGAAGCUCGCGAGUUGCUUCGAGUGUAUGGACAGCAGCACGCGGGGCGACAUGCUGCGUUGCUGCAGCAGCUGCAGCAGCUGCAGCCACAGCACCCGCAGCAGCUGCAGCAGGUGCCGUACUUUCAAGGGGAGGAGAAACCUGCGCUGUAUUUAUCGGAGCGUUCUUUCUUAAUGCUGCGGCGCUGGCUAUCAGACACACGAAGCCUAGCGCUGGAGUCUUUGCUGCAGCAAUCAGUGCGGCUGCUGCAGACACCGCAGGGGGCCCCACACCUCAGAGGCAUUGAUUACCCGCAGCAGCAGCAGCAGCAGCAGCAACAGCAGCAGCAGCAGCAGCGGCAUGUCUUCUGGGGAUUACCCAGACAACUGUACAGAGACGAUGUACUCCUCACGCUGCCCAAUGGAGAGAAAAUGAAGCGCGUGCGGGUAGUCGGCCAAGAGCCCUUGAAGGAGACAGAGUUAGUUGAGCCCCGCUGUCUCCUUCCGCUGCCUGAGGCCUCCACAGAAGCAUUUCUGCUUCUCCGAAAGCAACUUAAAGCACAUGCAGAAACCAGACGGGAAGAAGCGAAGGCUUUGGAGGCGCUUCAGCAUGGCAGCAGCAACAGCAGCAGCAGCGACAUAGAGGAGCGUGCAGAUUCUGCUGCUGCUGCAGGGCGUGAGGCUAUGGAGGAGGACGGCAGUGUUUCGAAGUCUGAGCGUCGCAGCACGAGCAGCAGCAGCAGCAGCAGCAACAGCAGCAGCAGCAGCAGCACGUGCUGCUACAAGCUAGUGGGGCAUGUGGGGAGAGUGCUUGCAUUAACAUUUGCUGAAGCUGAAGAUCGCUGUCUCCUUACUGGAGGCAGCGACGCAAUAAUAAGGCUGUGGCCUACGCCUUACUCGCAGCAGCUGCAGCAGCUGCAGCAGCAGCAGCAGCAGCAGCAGCGGCAGCAGCAGCAGCGGGUAGAUGGGGCUGCUUCAGACGCAGAAGCAGACGAGGACGAAAUCGGCUGCACACAAAUAAAGCAACUGCAGCAGCAGCAGCAGCAGCAGCUGCAGCUGCUGCCGCUGUGUCAAUACAGAGGCGCAAGCCCACCUAUAUGGAGUCUCUCGGCCAGUCCCUUGGGGCAUUAUUUUGCUUCUGGAGGCGGAGACAACGUUGCACGUUUGUGGUGUACAUCUCGCUCCUUCCCGCUGCGGCUGCUGCAGCACCCGGGGGGUGCUGCUGACGUUCCUCAGGUGUACAUACACCCUAAUUCUUCUUUGCUGCUGACUGGGGCUUCAGAUGGUGUUGUGCGGCUCUUCGAUUUGAGGGCUGCUGAUCUUGUAAGGAGCUGGACACCACCGAGAGCAGCAGCAACAACUGCAGCAGCAGCAGCAGCUGCUGCUGCUGCUGCUGGGGCUGGGGCUGUGGGCGGGAAGGAUGGUGCUGCUGUUGGAGCAGCAGCAGCAGCAAGGAGCUCCCUAGACACCCCGCUGCGCUGGCCCUUAGAUCCGCGGCUACUAUCUGGUGCUGGGAGGGUAGCACUAGGAAGCAGCAGCAGCAGCAUGAGCAGCAGCAGCGGCUGCUGCAGCAGCAGAGAGGUAACGGCACUCACCGCAUCUUCCAAUGGACGCCUCGUUGCAGCAGCAGACGAGACUGGCUACGUGUAUAUAUGGGACAUCCCCUCUGGGGGUUUGUUAGCGACUGCAUAUGCGGGUCUACCUGCAACGCAUGCUGCUGCUGCUGCUGCUUUUGCUGCUGAGGGCCGGUGCAGCGCAGCAGCAGCAGCAGCAGCAGCAGCAACAUACGCAAAGGGUCUCUCCUUCUGCUACAACUCCUCACUUCUAGCAGCAGCAACGGGGGACGGCCGUGUGCUGCUGUGGGAUACAACGGCAGCCUCCCGAGGGUUGAGCCCCCGUCCGGAUAUGGGGUGUGGGGUGCAUGAUGGCAGCAGCAGCAGCAGCAGCAACAGCAACAGCAGCAGCAGCAGCAGCAGCAGCAGCGGGUUUGGUGCUGCUGCUGAGCUGCAGCAGCUGCGGUGUCUGUACGGCAGAUCAAUAGCAUUCCGUGCAUGCAGCUUCACACCAUCAAAUUUGCUGCUGGUUGGCGGCCUCAGCACUUUAGAUGAAGGAGACAGCUAA